CCCAUUCCACCAGCGCACCCGGCAGCCCACAGCAAGCGCUCGGAUCCACCACUUCCCCCUUGCCUCCCGUGACCUGUCACUCUUGCCAUUCGCUCCCGCGUGGUUUGGUCCAGUCCAUACCACCCGAACGCAGGUGUGGCUCGUAGUUAGGUGGAAGCACGGUAGGCCUGCUAACCACCCAAGUCAGUCUCUAGUUUAGGGCAUAGGUCGCUGGAAUUCCCGCUUUGCUUCAGCGCGUUUACCUCGUCAGUAGUGCAUGGAUGACAGCGUCCGUCCUCCUGCCUCGCAUGUCACACCAUCGCGCCGCACAUUUCGACGGCUCCACCUCCUCUCACAACGCCCAUCCGUCGCAGCCUCAAGCGCAGUCGCAGUCGCAGUCGCAUCUUCACUCGUCGCCGUCGUCGCACGACCAUCGCGUCUCUCAUGUCGCUCCCCCCGCUGCUUCCGCCCCACCGCAGCCCGUCAUCCUCGCUACUUCGCGCUCCUCCGCAAUGCUCGAGUCGCUCUCCUCCUUAGACUACAGCUCCCCGUUAGCCUGGUCUCAUCACGCGCGCACCCAGUCCGACCCGCUUCCCCCCGGCGCGCCGAUGAUCGGAUUCGACGCGCCUCGCAGCCAGAUGAUCGGCAAGCGCCGGAUGCGGGGGAACGGCGCGCCGCGCGUGGUGAUUCUGCCGCCCAUGAAGCACAUCAAGAUCGAGCCGGCGCGCAUCGUCAGCGUCGACGUGCCUGGCGGGAAGGCUCUCGUGGGGGAGGUGAUAUCCGGGCCUGACGCCGCCGCCAUUGACGUGUCAGUUCCUGGUUGGUCGUCCGCCGUCCCCGGGUCGUUCUUCCAGCCGCUUCCUCCGCCACCGCUCGAGGCACCGCUCCCCGCCUCCUCCGCACCCCCUGUCCCUGUUCCGCCGUGCGCUCCCUCUGCGCCAGUUUCCGCCGCUGCUUCCCCCCGCCGCUGCCCUCCGCCGAGCUUUCAGGAGCUCGCUGCGCGCCCCCCCCGUUACAAGGGCGUGCGGCAACGCAAGUGGGGGCGAUGGGUGUCGGAGAUCCGCGAACCGCGACGCCGAUCGCGCAUCUGGCUGGGCUCCUACUCGAGCGCGGAGGAGGCGGCGCGCGUGUACGACAUGGCGGCGCGAAUGCUGCGAGGCGACGCGACGGGGGGCCUCAACUUCCCCGACAGCCGCCAGGACGUGCCGCUGCCGCCCGCCAUCGCCGAGUCGCUCGUGCGCGUGUGUCAGGAGGUAGCGGAGGACGCGGCUCGCGCAGGCGGAGAAGGUGGCGGGGGUUCGAGGGGAGGCGCAGCGGAAAGGUUUCUUCCCGCCGGGGAAGCGGGCGCGAUGUCGUGGGAAUCGUCCCCGGAGGAGGAGUCGGACAGCAAUCCGACGGCCGUGCAGGCGGCGAGCAGCGGCGGCGCGGGGAGCGUGUUCUGCGCGCCGUGCGCCCCCACCACCGAGAUCUCCAGCCGCGCCUCGCCGCUCUCCCUCGCCUCCAACACCCGCGCUGGCGCUUCCGCCGCGUUCGGCGCCUCUGCUGCGAAUGUCUGCUCCCCAAGCGGUCCGCCGCCCCCCGCUUGGUCCUUCUCCGCUCCGCGCUUCCCGCAGGUGGCGGAGUUCUCGCCACAUAAGGCUCCAGCAGUCGUGAUUGAGCUGCCGGACUCGCCCCCGGGAGAGAGGGCGGAAAUCGAGGAGGGGGGAGGAGGUCGCUGGGGGGCCCAGAAGCAGCGGCAGGCGUCAGUGACGGAUGGGGACGGGGAGUCAGCGUGGAUGGCGCAGCAGCGAAUGCAGCAUGCGUGUGGGGCCAUCAGCGGCAUGAACGCUGCAGCGGGCGGUGUACCACCUGCUUCUGGCGCCGCACCACCCGCGCCUGCAGGAACGCACGCCACCCAGUCCGCCGCCACUCUCACCAGCACCCCGCUCAGGAGCACUCCGCUCAGCAGCGUCCAUCUCAGCAGCAGCGGUGGCUCCACGGACAGCCCUCCUGCCACUGUGCCUGCGCCCGCUGCUGCACCUCCUCCUCCCACCACCGCCAUCCCUCCCCUUCCUCCUCCUCCUGCUGCUGCGCGCCUUCCCCCUUCCACCUCCCCAAACGCUGCUGCCCCCAGCGGUGCUGCGUCGAGCCCAGCAGUGCAGGCGCUGGCGCAGCUGCUCUCAUCCCUCGCUGCUCUCGGCUCCGCCCUCUCCCUGCCGCCGCCUGCCAUCCCACCAAGCGGUAGUACCAGCGGCCACUUGUUUGGCAGUGGCGUUCAGGUGGCCAGCAGCAGCGAUCAGGUGCCGAGCACCCGGCAGGAGCCAGGCAGCAACGUUGAGGCAGCAGGCAGCAGCGGGGGUGUGCUUGGAGCAGCAGCGGCGAGGGAGCAGCUGAUGCGCAUCCUGCACUCGCCCCUGCUGCACCCUCGCCACAUGCUUGCCGCUGGAGGGCACAGCGGCUGUCAGGCGCAGCAGCAGCAGCAGCAGCAGCAGGCGGAUGCAGUGCAUGAGCCGCCUUUCGAGUUCCUGCCUCCCAGCGCUGCUGCCAGCAACAGCCACUGCAGCCAUGGAAGCACGAUCGCCAAUGGCCCUAUGACACCUGGCACAUGGCCCAAGUCGCCCUUGGCACCUGCCGGUGACCCUGCACCUGCUGACUUGCUUGCCACACAAACCACCUCUCACUCGCCUCAUUCUCCAGGUAACGCUGUUACCACUUCAUCCCUGCCUGCUGCCUCACCUCCUUCCCCCCAGCCCCCCUGCGCUGCCCCCCCACCCCCCCCCAGCCUCUACAGCAGCCCCUUUGACUUUGAGCCGCUGCUGCUGCUGGCAGGGGACGAGGGGGAGGUGAGGGAGGGGGAGACGAGGGAGGCUGCUGCUGGGGAAGGCGCGGCUACAGGGGAGUACGGGCAGGGCGGGGGAGGGGAAGAAGAGGAGGCGGCAAGUGCCCAUGCGGCUAUGGCAGGUGCUGCUGCUGCUGCAAUGGAGGCGAAUGAGCAGCAGGGGGCAGGGGGGGGCAUGCUGCAUGCGGUGUCGGCCACAGCGGAGCAGUUCCACAUGUGGCAGGCGCAGCUGUGGGAGUUGUAGCCACAUCUGCCACACGCUUCGUUGGCGUCAUGAGCCGGCUGCAUUUGGCCAGUGCUGAGGCCAGGUGGUGGCUGCUCAAUCGCUGCAGCCCGCAGGGGGGGAAUGUUGGAGGUUGUUGCUUCGUUUUGGUUUUGUUCGUUUGCUUGUUUCGCUGGUCGACAGGCCUCACCAGAUAUCAUGCGCCUCCGCUCCAAGGCCCCUCUGCUGAUUUGAUUUAUGAGGGGGUUGGCCUUCAUUUGAAGGGCAUCCCUUAUAGUCACACACACCACCCAUGGUGGUUUGUGUGAUGGGAGCUCCUUCAAGUGUUGUGGAGGCCCAUGCUAUCUGGUGAAGCCAACUUGAGUUCCUCUUUCCUGCUUCUGCCCUUCUGCUCUGCGUGUACUGCUAUAAAUGUUAUUGUUAUGAACACUUGUUUUUGUGCUUGCCGGAUUGUGCCAUGAGCCAACAACGAAGGGUUGGAGAGAAUCUGGCAUAUUCGUUGCUCCUCACGUAUUCAGAACCACAGUUCGCAGCAACUUUUUGAGCUGCUAUCCAGCUUCACAGCAAGAAGAGUUUUGCCUUUUUGUCUAGUAAGUGCUGAAGUGGAGUUGAGACUAUUCCGACA